AUGCGUCCGCCAGGCCCCGCUGCGUUGGCCGCUGCUCGCGCGGCCAGUGCCGCAACCAAGGCCAGCCAAUGGCAGAAUGCCAUGCUUCUGUUUUCCGACUGCUUCGCUCAUGGGAUCCGCCUGGACCCCGUCCUCUGCAACAUAGCGAUCGGUGCAGGUGGCCAGGGACAAGGAGGCUGGCUGCUGGCGAUGGACCUUUUCGCUUGCUUCUGGCAGUGGCAGCUGGAGGCGACACUGGCCUCGUUCAACUCCGCCAUGAAGAUCUAUGCUCUUUGCCAUCGGUGGCGUGAAGUCUUCCAUGCUCUGCAGGACCUGACCCUCCAGACGAUGCUUCCAGACGCUGUGAGCUGCACCGCAGCAUGUGGAGGCUGCAGGAGCCCCCUGCGCUGGCAUCGGGCUGCUUGCUUGCUUCGGGACAUGGGGAGAGCCGCAAUCCUGCUUGGUGAGAUAUCCUUCAAUGCGGCACUCUACGCAGUGGGACGUACCUGGCAAUGCAGUGUCGACUUUCUGGAAGAGGGACUACAGCGAGGUGUGCGUGCAGACAGUGUCGCCUUGGCCGCGCUCUCCGCAGCGCCAGGAGCCAGCUGGACUUCAGUGCUAUCUUGGCUCAGGCAGCUACAGCUGAAGGGACUCCAAGCCAACGCCGUGCCCUUCAGGACUUGCGUGGCAACUGCUGCAGGGUGGCCCGAGGCGCUCCACCUCGCCGGCAGCGGGUCACUCAGAGACGAGCUGGCUCUCACACUUCGCCAGCGGCUCUCCGAGGAUGGACGCUGGCUGCUGGCCAUCUCGGCAGCCUGCCGCCUCGACGCUUCUCCCGUGACGGUUGCUGUGCUGAGCAGCUCCUGCGUCCGCGGCGGCUCCUGGUCUGAUGGCUUGGAGGUGGUCGUCGGAGCAAGGGCUGCCGGCAUCGAGUUGGAUGUGGUGGUACGCAACACGCAGCUGAGUUCUGCAGCUUGCAGCAGCCAGUGGCAAGCUGCCAAUCACGACCUGGAAGCCUGCAGCCGACGUUGCCUCAAAGUGGAUGUGAUCUCCUACAACACGGUCAUCACCGCAAUGGAACGAGGGCGGCGCUGGUCCGAAGCGUUGGGCAGCUUCCAAGACGCUUUCAGAUCUGGUCUUGGAGGACCCGGUCUCGCUCAGACUUCGCCGCUCCUGGCCUGCGGGGAUCAAUGGCGCCGAGCCGGAGCGCUUCUGGAAGUCUUCAAUCAGCAGCUACGGCCGAGUCUGCCGUCCUACACUGCAGUCUUGGCAGAGACUUGGCAUUGCGCGGAGAAGGGCGCUGGGUGCAAUCCACGAACCUGCUGCGCGAGAUGCGCGAGAGGGCCGUGUCCUCAACGUUCUCGACACCAGCCAGUGAUGCUGUCGUGGGUGCACUCCGUCACAAGGGCAGCUGGGAGGACUCCUGCGAGGUCUUGCGGUCUUUGGCUGCUUCUGCGACCGAGCCCGACACUGCUCUGGCGGCAUCGGCUGUUGCAUCACAGGAGGGCGCGCUCUGGAGUCGGGUCUCAUCUCUCCUCGGCGCUUUCGCAGAGCGCGCUCUGGAGGUCGCACUACCCGGUGUCAACGCAGCUGCUGCUGCCUGUUCAGCUCAUGCCGAAUGGCUUCCUGCCCUCGCUGCUUUGCGCAAGCUGUUGGUGCACGGCCGGGAUCCGGAUGUGGUCACCUUCACGGCCGUCACGGAUGUUUGCAGCCGGGCAUCGCAGUGGCAAACGGCCGCACAGCUUGUCCAAGUCGCAGGAGCUCUUUGCGCACUGCAGUCUCGGGAUGCCCACAUCCUGCGAUGCUCAGCGGCGGCAUCUGCUGAGAAGUCAUCGUGGUGGAAGGUGCUGCACCUGCUCCGUUCCCCGUGUGCCGACGGCAUUGCUUGUGGUGCAGCACUGGGUGCCUGCAGCAAGGACGCCAAGUGGCUCGCUGCCGCGCAGCUGCUUGUGGAUGGACAGAGCCACCUGCUAG